AGAGAAAGUGAACAUCAACAUAGCAAAAGGUCAACCCAUCUAACUUAUAGCUGGAGCAUUGAUCAAGAAGUAAAAGAACACGCUGGCUAUUAUAUUUUUGAAACAUUUGGAGAUCAAACUCCUGGAGCCACUCUUGAAAUAAAACUGUAA